AUGCCUCAGCAGUCACCGCCUCCGCCGGUCGUCUCGUCCCCACCACCACCACUGCCUUCUCCGUCACCCGUGCCGGUGCCGCCUUCACCCAGCAGCGACGUGGUCUACUGCAAGAACACCACGGCGUACCCCACCUGCACCGCGCCGGCGACCUGCCCCAAGAGGUGCAAGCAGUCGUGCCACAUGGACUGCGAGACCUGCAAACCCAUCUGCGAUUGCAACAUGCCAGGGGCGGUGUGCGAGGACCCGCGCUUCAUCGGCGGCGACGGCAACACGUUCUACUUCCACGGGCGCAGGGGCCGGGACUUCUGCCUCCUCUCCGACGCCGACCUCCACAUCAACGCCCACUUCAUCGGCAGCCACGUCCCGGGCGCCAGGAGAGACCCGAGCUGGGUGCAGGCCAUCGCCGUCCAGUUCUCGGGCCACCGCCUCUACGUUGGGGCGCGCAGGACCGCCGCCUGGGACGACGAGGCCGACCGCCUCGCGAUCGUCUUCGACGGCGCGCCCGUCGAGGUCCAGGGCGUCGCGAACGCCAGGUGGGAGGCGCCGUCGUCGCCCCUGUCGGUGACGCGGACCAAGGCCGCCAACGGCGUCGUGGUGGAGCUCGCCAGGGUGUUCAAGAUCACGGCGAACGCGGUGCCCAUCACCGAGGAGGACUCGAGGGUCCACAACUACGGGCUCCGCGAUGGCGACUGCCUCGCGCACCUGGACCUGGCGUUCAGGUUCUAUUCGCUCACCGACGACGUGCACGGCGUGCUGGGGCAGACCUACCGGAGCAGCUACGUGAACCGGCUCGACGUGUCCGCCAGGAUGCCCGUCAUGGGAGGCGAGAGGGACUUCGCCGCGUCCGGCCUGUUCGCCACCGACUGCCCCGUCGCCCGGUUCGCGCACGGCCGCGGUGUCGAUGCGCUCGCCGUUGCCUCGGACGAGCUCGCCGGAGUCAAGUGCUCCACCGGCCUCCACGGCGUUGGAGUGGUGUGCAAGAAGUAG